UUUCGAUUUUAAAUCGAAACUGAAAGUUCAGUUUUUCCAUACGGAGUUCCUCGUCGUUUUUCCAACCUGGCAAUGCAUUUGAUAUACAAGCUUCCCGCCACUAUAACACGGCGUUAUUUUCACAAUAUUUGCAGAAAAAUGUCUUCAAACGGAGGAGAUACAUCACCAGCUAAGAAACCAAAGAUUGUCAAUGAUGACAAAAGUAAAAGAUUUGUUUGGGUCGACUUGGAGAUGACUGGAUUAGACAUUGAAAAGGAACACAUUAUAGAGAUGGCUUGUCUUGUUACAGAUACAGAACUCAAUGUUAUAGCUGAGGGUCCUAAUUUAGUUAUUAAUCAACCAGAUGAAGUUUUAGAUAACAUGGGAGAAUGGUGUAAACAACAUCAUGGAGAGUCUGGAUUAACAGAUGCUGUGCGAAAAAGUGACAUUUCUCUAGAAAAAGCAGAACAAAAUAUGUUGAACUUUAUCAAGGAACAUACAACAGAGAGUACUGCUUUACUGGCUGGAAACUCAAUCCAUGCUGAUAGAAUGUUUCUGAACAAAUACAUGCCAAAAUUCUUAAAUCAUCUACAUUACAGAAUACUAGAUGUCAGCACAGUCAAAGAACUUUGUCGGCAUUGGUAUCCAGAAGAAUACCAAAAGGCACCAAAGAAAAAAAUAGCUCACAGAGCCCUUGAUGACAUCAAAGAGAGCAUGCAAGAACUGAAAUUUUACAAAGGAGCCAUUUUUAAAUAGCUUGUACAAAAUGUACAUGAUCAUUACAUGUAGUAAAUUUGAUUGAAUUCAACUUCAAAGUACAGUUAAUGUGGAUACAAUUUGCACAGCCAUGUUUCGUUAACAGGAAGUGGUUGAGAAUGACAACAGUAAACUGAAAUUUAGUGUAAACCUUUCACACUCUCUAUAAACAUGUGUUGAUUCGAACUUGUUGUAAAUAUUGUCAACUUUUAAUGUAUACUGAAUACCUUUUAUACUUGUGCAUAUAUGGUGUUAGUUAUAUUUGUUAUGCAUAAAGAAAGAACUUUAGUUGUUA